CAUCUCCUCCACCCCCGCCCUGCUCUACUCUCCUUAUUGAUCUCCCUAAUGGUCCGAAUCAUCAUCAAAGGAGGCGUGUGGAAAAACACGGAGGACGAGGUCCUCAAGGCUGCGAUAGCCAAGUACGGCAAGAAUCAAUGGGCACGCAUAUCCUCUCUGCUUGUCCGCAAAACGCCCAAGCAAUGCAAGGCGCGGUGGUACGAAUGGCUGGACCCCUCCAUUAAGAAAACAGAAUGGUCAAAGGAGGAGGACGAGAAGCUGCUGCACCUCGCGAAGCUCAUGCCCACCCAAUGGCGCACCAUUGCCCCCAUUGUCGGACGCACGGCCACGCAAUGCCUGGAGCGCUAUCAGAAGCUACUGGACGAGGCGGAGAUGAAGGAGAACGAGGAGUUUGGGCUUGCUGGGCCCGGUGGAGAGGCGGGUCCGAGUGCAGACGACGUCAGGAGGCUGCGACCUGGUGAAAUCGACCCUGACCCGGAAACGAAGCCUGCGCGGCCGGAUCCUAUCGACAUGGACGAGGAUGAAAAGGAGAUGCUGUCGGAAGCGCGUGCUCGUCUGGCGAACACGCAGGGGAAGAAGGCGAAGCGCAAGGCUCGUGAACGGCAGUUGGAGGAGGCGCGGCGACUGGCGGUCCUGCAAAAGAAGCGAGAGUUGAAGGCUGCGGGUAUCAUCAUGCGCCACAAGACCAAGAAGAAAGGCAUGGACUACAAUGCCGACAUCCCGUUCGAGAAGAAACCCGCGCCCGGCUUCUACGACACCUCUGAGGAACAGGCCCGUGCUACUACGGCCCCUGUCGGCCAGACUCUACGCCGGCUCGAGAACAAGCGCAAGCCGGAAGACGAAGAAGCAGAACGCAGGAAGCGGCAGCGCAAGGACGGCGGCAAGGGCGAGGCCCCACACCAGACAAAGUUUGUCGCAGCCCGCGACGCCCAGAUCCAGAAGCUCAAGGAGGCGGAGUCGAUGGGACGGCGGCGACAGCUUGUUCUCCCGGCUGCCCAGGUCGGCGAGAAGGAGCUCGAAGACAUCGUGAAGAUUGGCCAGGCGAGCGAGAACGCCAAAGCGUUGGUCAGUGGCGGGACGGAAGCAAGUACGAAGCUGCUAAACGAUUACGAAGGCCUGGAGAAGGCACAGAUGGCGCGCACACCGCGGACGGCCCCGCAGUACGACAACGUGAUGUCAGAGGCACGCAACCUGCGCAAUAUGACCAUGACCCAGACCCCGCUCCUGGGAGACGAGAACACGCCGAUGCAUGUGGGUCCGCAGGGCGGUACUGGGUUCGAGGGCGCGACCCCGCGCCACCAGGUCGCGUUCACGCCCAACCCUCUCGCGACGCCGUUGCAUGCAGGCGGCUUCGCGCCAGGAGCAACACCGCGCGACGUCUCAGCUACUCCAGGAGGUCCAAUGCGCACGCCAAUGCGGGACGGUCUCCGGCUCAAUGCGGAGGAUGGGUUCUCGUCUGUCGGCGAUACUCCGCGGGAACAACGUCUCCGCUCUUCUUCGGCGAAGAGAGCUCUGAAGGCCGGCUUCAUGAGCUUGCCGAAGCCGGAGAACAACUUUGAACUGCUCGUGCCGGAGGACGAAGACGACGAGGAUGCGGAGCGAGUGCCGAUGUCAGAGGAGGACGCAGCCGAACGCGACGCCCGUCUCAGGCGUCUACGAGAAGAGGAGGAGCGUAAGGCACUCGCACGGCGGACCUUGGUCGUGCAGCGCGGUCUCCCGCGGCCCGCCAAUGUGGAUGUCGCGCGUCUCAUGGCAGCCCUUACGGUGGACGACGACGAGUCCUCAGAUAUCGGCGCGGCGUCCAAGCUGGUGCACGCGGAGAUCGCUGAUCUCUUGCACCACGAUUCGAUCGCCCAUCCCAUUCCCGGCACGGUCCACCCUGGAGGGUCUCGUUCGGCAUACCAAAUCCCGCCGGAUGAUGCCCUGUCUACUGCUAAAUCCUUGAUUCACGACGAACUAGCGACUUCGCUCGGCUAUCCAGGCGCAAACGAAGACGUGCUCAAGCGCGGGGUCGUGGCGCUGGUCGACCCUGACGACAUUGACGAGUCGCUCUCUUGGGUGCACACGCGCGAGAAGCUUGUCUACGACGUCGCCUCAAAUUCAUGGGUGGAGCCCAGCAGCAUCACGCACGAAGCGAGAGUGGCGGGCUGCACUAUGCAGCUCGAAGCAUACCGCGAUGCGAUGGCGAAGGAGGCGAGCAAGGCCGGGAAGACGGAGACGAAGCUCAACAAGAUCCUAGGGGGCUACCAGGUGCGCUCGAAGGCGCUGGCGAAGCGCGUCGAAGACGCGUUCUCGGAGCUGCAGAAGGUGAAGCUGGAGUACGAAAGCUUCUCGAAGCUUCAGACAAACGAGAGCGCGAUGGGGCCGAUCAGGCUUGCUGCGCUGAAAGAGGAGGUGGAGAAGCUGGAGCAGCGCGAGAGGAGGCUGCAGGAGCGGUACGCGGAGCUCGACUCGGAGAGGCGAGAGGCGGUCGGGCGCGUGGCUACGCUGGAGGAGCGGGUGAUGGCGGAGGCGGAGGCGUUGAACGAGGAGGCCCUCGCGGCGAUGGAGGACGAGUAGAGGUGUGCGGGUGCGGUGCCUCGGGGGGAGG